AUGGCUGCGUCAGACAACACUGGGCACGGGACUGGCGCGCACUGGCACUCAAGCCACGGGAGCCGCCUAAGCGAGAGGACGGGAAUUCGCGACACCGACACGUCUUCCUUCAUCGCCGACGAGGAGAUGCAGAAGCGGCUGCUCGAGACCAACCCGAACGCCUUCCGCGACAUGGUGACGACCUUCCUCGAGGCCAACGGCCGCGGCUACUGGGAGACGUCCGAGGAGAACCUCGACCGCCUGCGCCAGCUGUACGCCGAGGUGGACGACAAGAUCGAGGGCUUGUAGCGGCGCCGCCGCUGCGUAGCGUAGGGAAGGGGGGGGCGGGGGGAGAACAGGCCGUCUCCCCGCCCCGCCCCGCCGCCGCUGCCGCGCGGGCGCGCGGAGCCAGAGCCCGGGCUCCGCCGAGCGCCUCGUGCAGGCACCCACACGGCUGGAGAGAGGCGAGUUCUCUCGCCGAACCGUAUACGAUGGACCGGUCGCGAUGCAACAACCUCUUUAAGUGUUUUGUGUCUCUGUCCCCUCUC